CACAUUUAUCUUUGGCCAUCGACAAUGACGCCUACAGAGAACGUUCACUGAAGCACACAUUAACGAAUAUUCGUUCCGCUUGAUGGACAGAUGUGCGGAUGAGCUAUACGACCUGGCACGCACAAAAUUACCAAACAUUGACGCUGAUGAUAUCGAGCUCGUCGUGCAGGUAGUACUGAACCAAGCAGAUUUGUGUCAGUACUACUUCGUUGACCAUGCAACCCGAACUCUCUUUUGGCUGCACGAUUACGAUCGAGAGACGGAGAAUAAUAUAUUUGAUGGGUUUUCAGGCGUCUGUGAUCUGAGUCAUAUUCGAUACGCCUUGGAGUCUCAAUACUGGAUGCAUUGCGAACGCUACCCGAAACACGAGCUAGAUCGAGUCAAACUCCUGAAAGAACUGAGGGCAGUUGUUGUGCAUGCGAGUGCAGAGAUCAUCACUUCGGAUACUUCUUUGUCGCCUUUUGGUGCUGUUGAACUUUCCAGCAUCCUGGAGCUGGUCAACCAUCUUCAAGAGAACGCCCAGGAAACCGAUUUCCCUCAUCCCAUUUGUGUCAUUGCGAGGUUCAUGCAUUAUUUCUGCAAAGCCAAGUAUUACAACUUCUGUGGCCUACCUUGGGCUCGUCUCGACGCCGACAAACCUGUGUACAACGAGAUUGCUAGCUCUCACCCACUGAGCAGUAGUCUUUCUUUGGCCCUUGACGCCAUGCUUUUUUGGGCACCACAAGCACACUUGGACGAUCUUCGAAGGGUGUGGGUAGAUGAGUGCCUCAACGCACCGCGGUGGAAAGACUACAAUGCAAAGCUCAUGACGGAGUGGACCGGAAUCACCAUCUACUCCACCGUCAUGUUAGCCGUAGAUGUGAGUUUUCUUGCAGUGCCGAACGUGAACAUUUCCACGUCACAGUCGGUCGGGAUCAUUGCUACUUAUCUCUCGAUCAUCUUGAUAACUGGCUCCUUGGUCGUCUCGGUCCUGCUGGUCCGCCAAAACCAAAGAUAUGGUUGUGAAUCAGUGGACAAAGCAGGAGACUUCAUGUACAAGAUGACUGACACGUUUUUCGGGGAUAAAGGCCUUGCGACGGUCAAUAGUCUCCCUUACGCAAUGCUCAUGUGGGGGAUGAUCUACUUUUCAAUCGCUCUGCUGUACAACGUGUUCAAGUCUACGACAAUAGUCAUGCUGGCAUCAGUUGUUAGUGGAUGUGCGGUGGUUACCAUGUUUAUAGUGUGGUUCAUCUGGACAGCAAAAGAGCUAGAUAUCUUCAAGCGACUAGCUGAGCUCAUAUUAUCUGCUAGGAGUCGUAUCAUAGCACGCCUUGGCGUUCCCUAAAGUUCAUGAGACGACAAGAGUUUCCUAGACAACUUUGACUUCUCCGUACA